ACAGCAAAAGGGAUAUUAUGCUAGGGCUUAUACCGGCCAUUUGUUCUGAUUACUGGGAUGGUUUUGAGACGCAAAAUGGCUGUGAUGAUUGGAAUCGCUUUCAGAGUUUCUUGGCUUUGUUGCCUGCUAAUUGGCGGGAUAACCUGUUCUACAUCAAGUGAUGGGUAUCCUGCACCAGGUUCUGAUGCAGCAUGGCUUGAUGCAGGCUCACUUAGGUCUAAAGGAUAUGGUAAUUACAACUCUCCAACAGCUCCCUUGCAAGCGCAGCUAACCGAAGAGCAACAGAAACAUCUGGCCGCCAUCUUGCAAAAGCAACUAGCCCCCAUGCCCCAGGGACCUCAGAAAAUGUGGUAUCCAGCUCAAAUGCCCCAGCAGGAAAAGCAACACGCCGCCAUGAUCCAACAGCAGACUCUACCGGACAGUUAUCCUGAGCAGCCUCAAGCAGUGUUAUAUCCAGCUCAAAUACCCCAGAAUCAACCAGCUACUGUACUUCAGCAUAAGAAGGAACAGGCCUCCAUACCCCAGUUACCUCAGCAAGUGUGGUAUACAGUUAAAAUUCCCCAGCAGCAAAAGCAACCAGCUACUGGUCCUCAGCAGCAGAAGGAACUGACCACCAUGCCCCAGAAGCAACCAGCCCCAAUGCCUCCACCGCAGAAGCAACCGGCCACCAUGCACCAGCAAGUGUGGCAUCCAGCUCAAUUGCCCCAGCAGCAAAAGCAACCAGCUACUAAACCUCAGCAGCAGAAAGAACCGGCAGUCAUAACCCAGCAACCUCAGCAAGUGUUGCAUCCAGCUCAAAUACUGCUGAAGAAACUGACUGCCAUGCCCCAGAAAGUGUUAUAUCCAGCUCAAAAGCCCCAGCAGCAGAAGCAACCGGCCGCUGAACCUCUGCAGCAGAUUGAACUGACCGCCAUGCCCCAGCCUCAGCAAGUGUGGCAUCCAGCUCAAUUUCCCCAGGAGCAACCAGUCCCUAUGCGUCAACUGCAGAAUGAACUGACCACCAUUCCACCACACUUGUGGCAAUCCGCACAAAUGCCCCAUCAGAAUAAGCAACCGGCUGCCAUGCUUCAGCAAGUGUGGCAACCGGCCCCUAUACCCAAGCAGCCUCAUGACGUGUGGUAUCCAGCUAAAAUGGUCCAGAAGCAAGCCACUGCAACUCAGCGGCAGAAGGAACUGACCGCCAUGUCUCAGCAAGAGUGGCAUCCAGCUCAAAAUCCCCAGCAGCAACCUAACGUUUUGGCCCAGCAAGUGUGGACUUCAGCUCAAUGUCCCCAGCAGCAGAAGGAACCGGCCACCAUAACACAGCAAUUGUUGCAACCUGUGCACAUGCCCCAGCAGCAACAGGAACCGGCCAACAUACCCCAGCAAGUGAGGUAUCCAGCUCAAAUGCCCCAGAAGCAUCUGGCCUCCAUGCCUCUGCCGCAGAAGGAAUUGACUGCCAUGCCUCAGCAAGAGUGGCAUCCAGCUCAAAAUCCCCAGCAACAGAAGCAACCAGCCCUAAUGCUUUUACCGCAGAAGGAACUGACUGCCAUACCCCAGCAACCUCAGCAAAUGUGGUAUCCAGCUCAAAUGCCCCAGAAGCAACCAACCGCUGAACCUCAGCAGCAGAAGCAACUGACCGCCUUGGCCCAGCAAGUGUGGUCUCCAGCUCAAAUGCCCCAGCUGCACAAGCAACCGGCUGCUGAACCUCAGCAGCAGGAGUUGCAUCCUGUGCACAUGCCCCAGCAGCAACUGAAACCGGCCACCAUACCACUGCAGCAACCGACCGCCAUGCUCCAGCAACCAUGGUAUCCAGCUCAAAAGCCCCAGCUGCAGAAGCAACCGGCCGCUGAAUCUCAGCAGAAAAUUGAACCUACCGCCAUGCCCCAGCUACCUCAGGAAGUGUGGCAUCCAGCUCAAUUUCCCCAGGAGCAAAAGCAACCAGCCCCAAUGCCUUUACCGCAGAAGGAACUGACUGCCUUACCCCAGCAACCUAGGCAAGUGUGGUAUCCAGCUCAAAUGCCCCAGAAGCAACCUAACGUUUUGGCCCAGCAAGUGUGGUCUCCAGCUCAAAUGCCCCAGCUGCACAAGCAACCGGCUGCUGAACCUCAGCAGCAGGAGUUGCAUCCUGUGCACAUGCCCCAGCAGCAACAGGAACCGGCCACCAUACCACUGCAGCAACCGACCGCCAUGCUCCAGCAACCAUGGUAUCCAGCUCAAAAGCCCCAGCUGCAGAAGCAACCGGCCACUGAAUCUCAGCAGAAAAUUGAACCUACCGCCAUGCCCCAGCUACCUCAGGAAGUGUGGCAUCCAGCUCAAUUUCCCCAGGAGCAAAAGCAACCAGCCCCAAUGCCUUUACCGCAGAAGGAACUGACUGCCUUACCCCAGCAACCUCGGCAAGUGUGGUAUCCAGCUCAAAUGCCCCAGAAGCAACCUAACGUUUUGGCCCAGCAAGUGUGGUCUCCAGCUCAAAUGCCCCAGCUGCACAAGCAACCGGCUGCUGAACCUCAGCAGCAGGAGUUGCAUCCUGUGCACAUGCCCCAGCAGCAACAGGAACCGGCCAACAUACCCCAGCAAGUGAGGUUUCCAGCUCAAAUGCCCCAGAAGCAUCUGGCCUCCAUGCCUCUGCCGCAGAAGCAACUGACCACUAUGCCCCAGCAAGAGAUGUAUCCAGCCCAAAUGCCCCAGCAGCAACUGACCCCAAUGCCUAUACUGCAGGAACAACCAACAGCUAUGCUCCAGCAAGCAUGGUAUCCAGCUCAAAUGCCCCAGCAGCAGAAACAACUGGCCACCAUGCUGCAGAAGCAACCAGCCCCAAUGCCUCAACCGCAGAAGCUACAGGCCACUAUGCCCCCGCAAGUGUGGCAUCCAGCUCAAAUGCAUCAGCAGCAAAAUCAACCAGCUACUGAACCUCAGCAGCAAAUUCAACCAACCGCCAUGCCCCAGCCACCCCAGCAAGUGUGGCAUCCAGCUCAAUUUCCCCAGGAGCAGAAGCAACCAGCCCCUAUGCAUCUACCGCAGAAAGAACUGACUGCCAUACCCCAACAACUGUGGCAAACGGUUCAAAUGCCCCAGCAGCAUAAGCAACCGGCUGCCAUGCUUCAGCAAGUGUGGCAUUUGGUGCAGAAGCCUCAAGACAUGUGGUAUCCAGGUAGAAUGGUCCAUAAGAAACAAGUCGCUGCACUGACCGCCAUGCCGCAGACGCGUCAGCAAGUGUGGCAUCCAGCUCAAUUUCCCCAGCAGCAGAAGCAACCGGAAGCCACGCCUCUACCGCAGGAGCAACCGACCGCCGUACCCCAGCAAGUGUGGUAUCCAGCUCAAAUGUUCCAGCAGCAUCCGGCCUCCAUGCCUCUACCGCAGAAGCAACUGACCGACAUGCCUCAGCAAGAGUGCCACCCAGCUCAAAUACCGCAGAAGCAACCGGCUGCUGGACCGCAGCAGAACCAACUGGCCACCAUACACCAGCAAGUGAGGAAUCCAGCUCAAAGAUCCCAGCAGCGGAAGCAACACACUGCUGUGCCACAGCAGCAACUGACCCCCAUGCCUCAGCAAUUAUGGCAUGUAGCUCAAAUGCCCCAGAAACAACUGGCCCCAAUGUCUCAGCAGAAGCACUACGAAAGCACUGAAAAUAGUGCCUCUGCUAGCUCUCAGGCCAGCAUCGUUGAACAGUCGGGUGUCAUCCCAAUCUAUUCCUACCGUUCCGAAUCGCACUACAAGAAUGGCAGAACUGUCUUCUCCCAAACCCGCUACACUCCUAGGGAGGCUAUGCCUGUUGACAGUGGAGAUUCUCCCAAGGACAGGAAAAUGUAAUGGAUUCAUCCUCUAGAAGCUCUAAUGGAAGUUGCUGGUGCUCUUGCUGCUCUAGCAUGAUGGGAUCCAUAAACAGUUUUACUUUCAAAAAUGCCUUGUCUCUUUGAGAUAUUGGUUCUCAUGUCCAAUGCUUGCUGAGAACAGGUGGUGUGCAGUCUGUAGUAAAAAUGACUAAUGUUCAGUUAAUUCUUUGGUUUUCAAAUCUUUUCACCUUCGCUACUGGUUCAAAAUAAAAGCUUGGGUCUAC